AUGGAUCACAAUGCAGGACCUUUGGUUUGGAUUGACUGCGAGAUGACAGGUCUCGACUACAAGAAGGAUAAGAUAAUAGAGAUCGCGGUACUAAUAACUAAUGGCAACCUUGACAUUGUCGACGAGGGUCUGCAAUAUGUUAUCAAGACCGACAAAAGCUAUCUUGAUGGGUGA